AUGGCGGACGCCAACUUCGAAAAGUUCGAGCCUGGAGGUAAAACUGCCUAUUAUCACUGCUUAUACCUCUUAAAAGUAGCUUGGUCCUUUUUAUAAUAAGCAUGAAGACCUUCCUCUUCCUAGAAAUUGUUAUUGAAAGCCAUAUUUUGUUGUUAGUGAUGAAGGUGACACAGAAAGAAAUGGCGGACGCCAAGCUGCCCUUGUCUGGCAGAGAUUACUGUGCACACUUGCUCAUACCGCUUCUGAAGUGCCGAAAGGAAACUUACAUGGUGCCGUGGAAAUGCCAUCACGAGAAACAUUUAUGGGAGAGGUGUGAAUAUGACGAGUAAGUUGAAUGUAGACUCGAAAUAAUAAGCUUAUAUUAAUGGUAAAUUUACCACUGGUUUCUUCAAAAGACAUAAUAUUUAAUUAGCAAUUAAUGAAUGAGGCUGAGUAGGAUAUGAAGAAUUAAGCAGAUCAAGGAGGGUGUUAUCCACUGAGGCCAAAGGCCUCUUCAGAUCCUACGAAAGCCGAAUUCAUUAAUUGCUUUAUUAUUCAUUCAAAAUAAUAAUAUUCCUAGUUUAAAAACAUGGCUAAAACAGGCUUACCUACAUUGAUGUUAAGUUUAUCUUCAAUAGUGUACAUUUAGGUUUGUACAGCUCUGCAAAUAUUGUCCAAAUAACAGAUGUCGCCCUCCAAGUUGUCUUCUUGCUGUUUUUGCUAUGUUUUUAGCCAUUAUUUCGCCUAGUUCAAGCUGUAGUUCUUACUCUCGAAACAAGUGAAGUGUACGCCAUUUUAGUUGUCACAACAAAAACAACUCAAUCUCGUCCUUAGGUCUUCUCGGUUACCAUGCAUUAACCUGCAGAAGGCUGCAUUUUUGACGUCAUUUCCUCGUUAAACACAAAACUCUUCCAGAUUUGGUCAUCAGUAACUGGUUAGCCAAUUAGAAUCGUGGAAAUAUUUUGAAUGAAUAAUAAGCUCAUUUAAUGCACCGUUAUUCCUGAUAACGGGUAUGAUUCCGGCACCAUCCCUGCAGCAGUCUCAUACUUUUUCACAAUAAUAGAAAAUAUGACUCAUUUGGAGUUGAUGCAUGUGCAGGGCUUUGCAGAAAUAUAAAAUUAAUACAAAUAUGGGAGGUAUUUUCAACUCUAUACUUUGUGUUUGAUCUUGUGAUGAAACACUGUAUUUUUUUUUUAGCUUGAGAAAACAGCUGACUUUUCAUGACGCCACCACUGGUUUCCUGUAAAAUGACAUCUGAGAAAUGAGCCCAGAAAUACCAUACUGAUGAGGUUUCACUACCAUGUUCAUGGUAGUGCUUCAGACUGGAUGAAACAAAUAUUAAACCAGUCAGAAGCACUACUCAGAUCUGGUUAGUGACAUGUCAUCAGUAUGGAUAUUCUGCACUUGUUUCUCUGAUGUCGUUUUGCUUGGAAACUAGUGGUGGAGUUGCAAAAUGUUGGCUGUUUUCUCUGGCUACUGUAUCUGUAGUUUGACAUAUUAUUUCAAAACUUUGUCUAAUGGCAUGAUCUGCACAAGGAGCAGUCAUUUGGGCAUUUCCUCUUCACUGACCAACUAAUUAAGAGGUUGGAGUCUGUAUUCCUGAAAAUUAGUUCAACUGUUUUUUUUUUCUUUUUUUUUCAGUUUUAUGUACAGAGUGAGAGAAAAAGAACGCCAAAAGCUUAAACUGAACAACAAGUAACUUCCUUUGUGGGAUUCAUACACGUGCUUUGUACCUCAUUGUGAGAGUCUGUGCCCGUGCACACUAUCAAACCAUAUUUUCCUGAUAGAAAGAUAUUUGUUAACAUGCACUUGUGGAUGUCCUCAACUUGUGAUGAUAAUAAUAAUAAUUAUUGAGUCAUUUUAAAGAGGUGAAGUUAAAAUAAAUAUUAUUGUUUUCUCAAUACGUGAUACUUCAAUGCUGUUCAGGUCUGUCAUACAUAACAGUUUAUGUUUAUUCUAACACGGCACCAAACGUGCUUGUUAAGGUACAGUCAUCUCUUACUAGAGUGACUGCCUAAACCAGGUUUGACUAUAGUGCAGGGCUGUCACUAAGAUUUCAAGUUGCCGGGUAAUCACAACAAGUAGCUGGGGAAUCAAGCAGCUAAGGAAUUCUUUUGCUUUUAUUUUUCUUCUAUUUUUCUAUAGAAGUAGCCGGGGACAAUGUCCAUAGAAGCCAGGAAAAAUCCCCAGCCCCCGGUUCCUUCACUCCUGUAGUCACUGUGAUAUCAUUAAAAUAGCCUAAGAAAACAGUCAUAUUUUCUGUGGUACCAGUUGUUGCACUGGGAAUACGUGUUCCUGUUUUUUCAGGCUAUUUUAACAAUUAAGCAAAAAAUCUUCCCCAUACAAAAUUGACGUCUGACACCAUUCUUGGGAAUCAUGAGGUGAAAAAUAACCAGGCACUGCCUCUGCAUUAAUUCUAUUUUAUUGAUUUCUGCUGGAUCAAAAUACCCAAUCAGUUUAAAUGCUUUUUAUUGUUUAAACUGUUACAAAAUUGCAGUUGGCUCUUGGAAACAUUUAGCAAUAUUUUAUAAUCUUUUUAAAAUACUUAGCAAAAAUUCAGUUACACUGUAUAACAUUAUUACUCAUGGCAUAUGGAAAACAAAAGUGUAUCUAUCAUUUGGCUUUGAACUUGUUAGCUAGCAAUAUUAAAUGACACUUGCAUUACAUGUAUAACCUAUGUGCAACUUAUUGCCAUGCAUAUGGGCCUAUUUAUGUAAUCAUUAUAAAUAAUUUGAUGGAAUGAUACAUUCCUCAUGAUUGUAUUUCACUCAUUUUUUUUAGGUUCUUUACUUACACUAUUAAUAUGUUACAAAAUACAGUGUAAUAUAAUAUUUACUCCACUGGUUAUA